GACAAGUGUGUGUAAAAUUUCCCAAUUUUUCGUAUUGGCCACAUCAACAAAGAUAUCAAUCAAUCAAAGAAAGAUCAAACCAAAUAACCAUUUUUUGUUGUUUUGUUUCUCUGAUAGUUUUGGAAAGAAUAUGUUAGCAGUUUUUGAGAAAUCGAUUGCCAAGAGCCCCGAUGCUCUUAAAGUUUCUGGUGAUUCUGAAGCAGCUUCAGCCCUCAACAAGGGCUUCUUGGCUACCCAUUUUGCCACUCUCCAUCCUGGUUCAGUCACUGUCAAUCUUGGUUCUUCUGGUUUCAUGGCUUACUCUCUUGAUAAACAAAACCCACUUCUCCCCAGGCUCUUUGCAGUUGUGGAUGACAUUUUCUGCUUGUUUCAAGGCCACAUUGAGAAUGUUGCUGUUCUUAAGCAACAAUAUGGGUUGAACAAAACUGCAAAUGAGGGUAUCAUUGUUAUUGAAGCUUACAGGACGCUUCGAGACAGAGGUCCAUACCCUCCUGACCAGGUUGUAAGAGAUAUCCAAGGGAAGUUUGCUUUCAUUAUCUACGAUAGCUCUUCAAAAGCUACGUUUAUAGCUGCGGAUGCUGAUGGAAGUGUACCUUUCUUUUGGGGUACUGAUGCUGAAGGCCAUCUUGUCCUUGCAGAUGACAGGGAGACUGUCAAGAAAGGCUGCGGGAAGUCUUUUGCUCCAUUCCCGAAAGGGUGCUUCUUCACAUCCUCGGGAGGGUUAAGGAGCUAUGAGCAUCCCCUUAACGAGUUGAAACCGGUGCCAAGAGUGGACAGUUCGGGACAUGUUUGUGGUGCCACUUUCAAUGUGGAUGUAGAGACGAAGAAGGAGUCUACUGGUAUGAAAAAGGUCGGAAGUGCCGCAGAUUGGUCCGCAAACUACUAAAGCGAUAUCAGCUGAGCCUCUUGAUUCUAUCCAUCUUAAAUUCCGAAGUUUACUUGAUUGAACUUGUCUGUAAUUUGGAACUAAAACAGCAUUUUAAGCAGUAGUUUGCUUACCAUAAAAGCUCAGCUUGCUAUGGUAACAUAACAUGGAAUAAUAUUUUCUUGUCCUAAA